CGCACCGCGCGGCGCAGCGGCGCGAGCGCCGGCGGCGCGGAGCGCGGCUGCCGGCAGCGCCGCCGGCACGGCCGGGCCCGCGCGCCCCAUGCUGCGGCGAGUGGCGAGCCCGUGCCGGCCGAAGCGCGCGAUGGACGACGAGCUGCUCUGCUACCGGCGUCGACCCCCCGUUCGGCCAUCUCGUCGCCGAGGAGGGCACGAUGGCGCCACGCCGCCCAGGCUCCAGAAGCGCCUCCGCAUCAGUGGCCCCGACACGACGUCGCCCCUCGCGGGCGGCCAGUACAGCGACGUCAACGGCUACCUGCAGGCGCUGCACUCGGAGCGGAUGGCGAGGAGGGCCACGGUGGACUCGCUGAUGACAUGCGCCGACUGCGCGCCGGCGGCCGGGUCCACAGGACC